GUCUGUAUGGUCUUCCAAAGAGGAACGGUAAACUGAAGGACAUCAGCCACUUCGAUGCAGCUUUUUUUGGAGUCCACCCAAAACAAGCCAACACCAUGGACCCACAGCUCCGUCUUAUGCUUGAGAUUGCCUAUGAGUCUAUUGUGGAUGGAGGUCUGAACCCGGCCACACUGCGCGGCAGUAAAACAGGUGUCUACAUUGGAGUGAGUGGCUCGGAGGCUGGCGAGGCAUUCAGCAGAGAUCCAGAGGAGCUUCUGGGCUACAGCAUGACUGGCUGCCAGCGUGCCAUGUUGGCUAACAGACUCUCCUACUUCUUUGACUUUAGUGGUAAGUACACACAGACAGUUGAAUAUACCCUUUCAUUCUUUGGCUGUUGGUUUGAUGCUGGUCUUAUAGCGCCCCUACACUAAAGCAUACACACACACCAGCAGAAUGACCAGAAGAUGUCAAAGGGCAUUUUAAACCUUUUUUCUGUUAAAAUCAGGAAUGUAUUAUGAGAUAUAAUAGAUUAAAUAUAGGGAGAAUGUAGACACCAUAAAUAACAGCAGAGAAAACACAAACAUACCAGAGCGCUUAGAUACCAUUACUCAUACAUUAAAAUACACACAUUUUUAUAGAAACGGCUGGAUGUCAAAUUCUAUCUCAAACCCUUAGGGGCUAGGGUGCCAAAUGUAUGUUUCUAAAACAGUUCUCGUUCUAGUAACAGAGUUGAAAGGGACAUUA